CUUGUUUUUCGUCCGCCAGAGAUUCUGCGUGUUUCGAGACGUGGUGGCGAACGAAAGCUGGCCAGCCGUUUGUGCUCGAGCAGCAUGAGUAGCAUUACCCAAGCGCUUGCAGAGAAGGACCGGGCGUUGUACGGGAAGGGCGCGGACUUCAUCUCAGGCAAGGUCGUCAGCACCGGGAAGCAGCAGCGCGGAGGGCCGAGACUGAAGUCGGGCACAGACCUCUGGAAGCUGCAGCACAUUCAGGCCUACGGCAGGUCGACGCCGUACCUGGACGCCCAGCAGAACGCAGAGGGGAGGGCCGCAGCCCGGCCGCCGGCCUUCGAGGAGUACGGCGCGCCCGGGUGGCUGUACAACAAGGAGCGGAAGCUGUAUUUUAACAUCGAGUCGGGCAAGACUUAUUGGGUGGACCAGAAGGACGGCAGGUACAAGGAGGUCU